ACAUACAGUACAGGGAGGUUUCAAAAUGUCUCCUUACUAAUUUUCUGAAGGUGAGUCAGAUUUCUCGUUCACCUUCAGAAAUUAGCGAAAUGAAGCACUCGUCACCUCCCUGUACUGUAUGUAUUCUAUUUUCUGACUAGCGGUCCAGGAAUAUAGACUGGUUCCGUAAGACUGUAUGGUACCCUGUAUACCGAUGACGUCCGUAUGUGUAUCGCAGUAUAAAACAAACUUUAAAAAACAACUAUUUUUUAGCAGAGCAAAAGGUCACAAAAGUCGUUUAUGAAUCAACCCAUAUCAUCGUUUGUUAACUGUGGGCGGUGGACUUUCAAAGCUUGGCCGGCCGAUGGCUGCCGUGUACAAAACGAGGAAAUUAGAGUCGGGGUAAGACUAAAUCACUAAGUAUAAAGGCAAGACCGCCCCUGAAAAUGCGUGGUGUCCCAUGUAAGCAGCGUUUUGUGUCUGAUUUGAACGGCCUAUUUUCUGUCUAUAAGCCAACUGGAAUUACCUCAGCUUUCCUAGUCAACAGACUUAAGCAAAUCCUCUUCAGUGAACAAAAACGUCAAGACCAGGACCACAGCCAUCACAAGACGAAAGGAAUCUCACAGCCAUCCAAGCGACUUCGGAUUGGACAUUGUGGAACGUUGGACAUGAACGCCUCAGGUGUCUUGGUGGUUGGAGUUGGGACAGGUACAAAGAUGCUGACUAAUAUGCUGAAAGGGAGAAAGCGUUACCACGCAGUCGGAUGUCUUGGUUCAGCUACAGACACACAGGAUGCACUCGGCAAAGUUACACUUCAGUUGCCAUUAGGUGUUGUGGGUUGAGCAGCAAGAAACUCUGUUUCACGUGAAGCGUGAUGCGAAGGCCGUGCCCCACGAUACGACAGGAAGUGAUUACGUGCCACCGUUUAACGAUCCUAAGUUUCCACAGCAAUGGUACCUGCACAACCAAGGCCAGAACAAAGCACAGCGUGGUGUAGACAUGAACCUAGGCCAAGCCUGGAAGCUAGGCCUUAUGGGAAAGGGCGUGGUGGUGACCAUCGUGGACGAUGUCAUGGCACACGCUGUGCAGGAGAGGUGGCUGCCGAAGCCAAUAAUGGUAUAUGUGGUGUUGGAGCAGCCCCCGAGGCAAGCAUUGGAGGCAUACGAUUUCUUGACGGCGAUGUGACUGAUGCAAUUGAAGCCGACGCACUGACGUUUCAUAAUCAACACGUUGAUAUCUACAGCUGUUGCUGGGGACCAGCUGACACCGGCAAAAUUAUGAGGGUACCAGGGAAAUUGAUGGGUGAAGCGCUGGUUGAGGGAAUCACAAAGGGUCGUGGUGGCAAGGGCUCCAUCUACACCUGGGCCUCAGGUAACGGUGGUAAUAACGGAGACGACUGCGGAGCGGACGGCUACGUCGGUAGCAUCCACACCAUCUCAGUUGGUUCCAUUAAUGACAUGGGGGAGUCGGUUUACUUCAUGGAGAAGUGCGCCUCAACGAUGGCCGUCGUUCUGUCUGGAGGAAUCAGUGACAUCAAGGCCAAACGGGAUAACAGUAAACCUCAAAAUCUGGUGAUCACAACGGACAUCCGUGAUGGUUGCAUUGAUAAUUUCAUCGGGACAUCCAGUGCAGCCCCACUAGCAGCAGGUCUCUUUGCACUGGUUCUCCAAGCUAACCCAAAUCUGACCUGGCGUGAUCUACAGCACAUCGUUGUUCACGGAUCCCACAUUCCCAAUGUGGAAGAGUCUGGCUGGCACAUUAACGGCGCUGGCUUCCACACCAAUGAGAAGUUUGGAUUCGGGAUGCUGGAUGCCGGCAAGAUGGUAGAGCUGGCUCUGACUUGGAGACUAGUCGGACCUCAGCAGACGUACUCGACCACAACGUCAAGAUAUCAUAAAUCAAUCCUUCAAGGAAUGUCCACCGUCGUCUACAUAGAUAUAAAUUGCCCCAUCACCAAACUGGAGCACACCAUCGCGAAAAUCUCCUACCAAGCCCCCCGCCGUGGCGACGUCUCCCUGACGAUCUGGUCCCCGCAGGGCACCCCCUCCGAGCUCCUCUCGACCCGCAAGAAUGACAACACCACUCAGUCAGUGGACGAGUUUCCUUUCAUGUCGCUACGGAACUGGGACGAGAACCCAAACGGGGUGUGGCGCCUGGAGGUAGAGCAUCACCACACCCCACCAGGGGUCCAGUCGCAGGAGGAGGACCUUCCUGAUAUUCCGAGGGGAAGUAGUAAGGUGGCUCGAUUCACCAGCUUCCAGCUGGUGUUGUACGGGACUAAUGAUGAUGCUGACCUGACAACAACUAACGAGGAAAACCCAGCCGUGAACCCUGAUCUUUCAGGACAUAUUGAAGACAACGUGGUCGUUGACCUUUAUAACAAAGAGCAGCUACAUGAUGAAGAGAUCGUUAUUGACAAGGAUAAUUUAGCCAAAGGAGUAAAAGCACCUCCAAAUACAAAACACAACUUGGACGAUGAGGAUUAUCGCACCAUCAUAGACACCCCUAUGGACUUGAACACAGUCCGAGAGCAACUUGAAGGAAUGAUCUACCAAGACCCCAUGGAAUUCUGUAAAGACGUACGCCUCGUCUUCACCAACUCAAAAGGCUACACCCCAAACAAAAAAUCUAAGAUCUAUUCCAUGACGUUACGUUUAUCAGCACUCUUCGAGGAGCAAUUCAGACCUAUUCUAAGCGACUACAAAUCAGCUCUAAAGUAUGAGAAGCAAGUCCGUUCAGGACUCAAGAGCCUCGUCCUCUAACAGCGAAGCCUCGUCAUCUCACAGCGAAGAAGACAAGGAGACAGAGAGCCCUACUCGUGCGGGGCCAUCCAGGGUGGGGCCAUCCA